UUUUUUUAGCUGGCAAUAAAUUCGUCAAAUUUUGGCAUGGUUGAUUUUUACGGGACCGAGUGAAAUAAAACCGUUUUGUGAAAUAUUAAUAUGAAAAUGGAGUGGAAACCUGAACAAGAAGGACUCAGACAAAUUCUGACCCUUCUCAAGGAGUCACAGUCACCAGACACAGCUACCCAAAGAGCAGUUCAACAAAAAUUGGAGGAGCUAAAUAAGUAUCCUGACUUCAAUAAUUACUUGAUAUUCGUUUUGACCAAAUUAGAUAAUGAAGAAGAGCCAACUAGGUCACUAAGUGGUUUGAUCCUGAAGAAUAAUGUAAAGUCCCACUAUAACAGCUUUUUACCUGAAGUAGCAGAGUUCAUAAAGAGAGAAUGCCUGUCAGCAGUGGGAGACCCAUCUCCCCUGAUCCGGGCAACUGUUGGUAUCAUCAUUACCACCAUUGCUAGCAAAGGGGAAUUGACCUCUUGGCCAGAACUUUUACCAGCUUUAUGUCAAAUGCUUGAUUCUCAAGACUACAAUGUUUGUGAGGGAGCAUUUGGAGCACUGCAAAAAAUAUGUGAAGACACAGCUGAAUUACUAGACAGUGAUGCACUUAACAGACCACUAAAUGUUUUAAUACCAAAAUUUUUACAAUUCUUUAGGCAUAAUUCUCCCAAAAUAAGAUGUCAUGCUAUUGCUUGUGUCAAUUAUUUCAUAUUGGGAAGAACUCAAGCUCUCAUGUUGCAUAUUGAUGCAUUCAUUGAGAAUUUAUUCCACCUGGCCGCUGACGAAGAUCCUGAUGUUAGAAAAAAUGUUUGCCAUGCACUCGUACUGUUGUUGGAAGUCAGAUUAGAUAGGCUUAUACCCCACCUGCCAAACAUUAUAGAGUACAUGCUGGUACGCACGCAAGACGCGGAAGAAGCCGUAGCCCUCGAGGCAUGCGAGUUCUGGUUGUCCCUUGCUGAGCAAAAUGUUUGUAGAGAGGUCCUCGGCCCCCGCUUGCAAGCCCUGCUCCCGGUGCUGGUGCACGGCAUGCGGUACUCGGAGAUGGACGUGAUCCUGCUGCGGGGGGACCGCGACGACGACGCGGACGACGCCGAGCCCGACCGCGAGUCCGACAUACGGCCCAGGUUCCACAAGCCGCGCUCGCACACCAUGAAGCAUAAUGGCGCAGGCGACAGCAACAUGUCCGGCGGCGGCGAGUCGGACGACGAGGAGGACGGCGGCGCGGACGCGGACGACGGCUCGCUGUCCGACUGGAACCUGCGCAAGUGCAGCGCGGCCGCGCUCGACGUGCUCGCCAACGUGUUCGGCGCAGACCUGCUGCCCGUGCUCUUCCCCAUACUGAAGGAGACGCUGUUCCACGACAACUGGGUCAUCAAGGAGAGCGGCAUCCUGGCGCUGGGCGCGGUGGCGGACGGCUGCAUGGGCGGCAUGGUGCCGCACCUGCCCGACCUGGUGCCGUACCUGGUGUGCUGCCUGGCCGAGCGCAAGGCGCUGGUGCGCGCCAUCACCUGCUGGACGCUGUCGCGCUACUCGCACUGGAUCGUGUCGCAGUCGCACGACCUGUACCUGCGGCCCGUCAUGACUGAGCUGCUAAAGCGUGUCUUGGACAACAACAAACGCGUGCAAGAGGCCGCUUGCUCAGCCUUCGCUACGCUGGAGGAAGAAGCUUGCACGGAACUGGUGCCAUAUCUCGGCUACAUCCUCCAGACACUAGUGUAUGCGUUCAGUAAAUACCAACACAAAAAUCUCCUCAUUCUGUAUGAUGCUAUCGGAACGCUGGCCGACUCGGUCGGACACCACCUCAACAAGCAGGAGUAUAUAAACCUGCUGAUGCCACCGCUCAUAACGAAGUGGAAUGUGCUUAAGGACGAGGAUAAGGAUUUGUUCCCGUUGCUCGAAUGUUUAUCAUCAGUGGCGACAGCCCUACAGUCCGGCUUCUUACCUUACUGUGAGCCAGUCUUCAGGAGAUGUGUAUCUCUGAUAGAACAGACAUUAAAUCAGAAUAUUGCCAACAGCCAAAGUCCUGAGCAGUUUGAAGCGCCAGACAAGGACUUCAUGAUCGUAGCUUUGGACUUGCUGAGCGGGUUGACAGAGGGCCUGGACGGGCACAUAGACCACUUAGUGCACAACUCAAAUCUGAUGCAACUCCUAUAUCAGUGCAUGCAAGAUCCCAUGCCAGAGGUGCGUCAAUCCUCGUUCGCUCUGCUCGGCGACUUGACGAAGGCGUGUUUCCAGCACGUGCACCCCUACAUACCGGAGUUCUUGCCUAUCCUGGGCAUGAACCUCAAUCCGGAACUUAUAUCUGUGUGCAAUAACGCUACUUGGGCCAUCGGCGAAAUCAGCAUCAAGUUAGGACCUGAUACGUCAAAAUAUAUACCCUUAGUAUUGAACCAUUUAGUUGAUAUUAUCAACAGGCACAACACACCCAAAACCCUGCUGGAAAACACAGCGAUUACUAUCGGUCGGCUAGGUUAUGUGUGCCCCCACGACGUCGCACCCGUUUUACAUCAAUUUGUACGCCAGUGGUGCGCAUCUCUACGGAACAUUCGUGACAACGACGAGAAGGACUCCGCGUUCCGUGGCAUCUGUCAGAUGAUACAAGUGAACCCGGCGGGCGUGGUGCCGGACUUCAUGUUCUUCUGCGACGCGGUGGCGUCCUGGUCGAACCCCAAGGACGACCUCAAGGAGAUGUUCACCAAAAUACUGCACGGUUUCAAGAACCAAGUGGGCGAGGAGAACUGGCGCCGGUUCACUGACCAGUUCCCGGUGCAACUGAGUGCACGGCUCUCGGCCAUGUGCGGGAUAUAGACAAAAUUAUAUUCGAGAUGGGGAAUCAAUGUCAGCACGGGUCGGGACGACAUUGCGCGUAGGGAGUCGCGGUCAACAUGUGCCAACACCGUCACCUCACCGUGGAGCUGCGGAGGUAUCGAUUGUUCGACGGAUCGAAUGUCGAUCGGCGCGUAUCGCGCUCAAUCGCAGUCGAUCGUUCGUGGUGUGAAGUGAUCGGAACGUUACUGUGACUCGCGGUCGAAUCGGCUUCGCGAGUGAAGCCGAGCCGGGGUGCUAGGCUUAUGUGCUCGUUUUGUCUAAUAAAUGUUGCACGUUGCAUGCUUACGUGCCGUUUGUUUUCGUUAAAGAAGUGAGUGUUAACACAGGCCUGUAGUGUAGUUUCACCAAUGUUUUAAUGAGGUGACUUACUGAACUAGAUGUGGUCGAUAUAGUAUAUAAUUGCAUGAAAUUAGUUAUAGUGAUAGUUUGUAACUCUUAAAGACGAGACAAUUGUUUUCAUGUUUAAUUCUCCGAUAUGAUCUUAGUUUUGUAAAUUGUAAUGGUUAGUUGACAGUUAAAACUGUACAUCGAAUCGGUCUCGCGUUGUCGUUGGUUCACAAUUGCACUUGCGCAUUCACGGUUGAUACUUAAUAUUGUUAUUUUGUAAUGAGGUUUGUUUAAUUUAUUCCUGUUGGAUGGGCAUGUCGAUUCGAGUACACAUUCACGAUGUUACUUGCCAGUUAUACCUGCAUAAUUUGUAACAACUGAACAUAAUCUAUUCACUGCUCAACUACAUCCAAAUAUGUUUAUUUCUAAAUCUUUACUAACAUCAAUGCAAAUUUUGGAAUUGAGAUAUAUUAUGUUCUCUAUCACUUUCGGCAGAUAAUUUCCAAAAAGCAUUUAUUUGUAAUCAUUUCUUCACUUCAAAUAUUUUAGUAGGUAUUUUUAAAUUGAUGUGUUAAUUAUAAUUUUAUGUAAAUUACAAGACUUAGGGAAAUCGAGAAUUUAUGUCAACUGUGAUUUGUGACUGGUUUAUUUUGACUAAUAUAUGUGUAUGAGUAUAUUUCUGUGUCCGUGUAGAUAUGAUAUACAGCUUUGAUAGAUUUUAUGACGGCUAGAUUUCUGCUAUUAUAAUAUACCAAAUAGUAUUUUUACGUUGUAUAUUGUUUUAAUGGAUUUGUAUGUUUGUGUGUGUCGAACUGGCCGGCAUCGGGGCCGUGGCCGGUCAGGGAUCUGAACGCGGCUCGUGCCGUGCUGCGGCCUCGCUGCAGAUAUUAUCGACCACUCAUAUAAUUGAUAUAAAGUAAUAUUUACGUGUAUAUUAAAUGAAAGUAAUAUUAUGUAUAUGUAAAUACAUAUUGCGAUGUAUAUUAUUAUAUGCAAGUAAAAUUGUUAUUAUUUUGUUUUAUAAAAGCUAAAAAGUCUGACUUUAACCACUUGUUGUACGUCAUUAUAUUUUCAGAAAACGGGGUUCUGAAAUAUUUAGUAGGGUGUAGUAUUUUACGAUUCGCGUUAGAUAUGCAGUGGAUUUUCAAUUUUGGAGAAUAAUUAGCAACUUGUAACAUUCCGUUGGAGAAAAAUUAAAUUUCGGGCUUUUUCACAAGUUAUAAUGUAAUUUUAUUUUUUCUUGAUAUUUAUUGCAUAUCGCAAAAUUUACGUUAAUGACACGUAGCUAAUAUGUGUUCAGUGUGACUCCUCCCUCCCUGUAAUCCUAGUGAGUUCCUAUCCCAAGUCCUAUCUAGUCCCAAUCCUUGUCAUGUGCCAGCGAAGCCCGGGCAAUGUUUGGAUGAGUGCCCACUCUCGUGAUCGUCGUGACACAACUUUAAGGGUGGUUUAAUUAAUUUUAAUGAUAACCUUCGGUAUUAUCUCAGGUCUCGGUACCCGUAAUAAAUUGAAAUUUUUUGUGUAAAUGCAAACGGCUCCCGUACGAUUUGAGAAAAAAAUUAUUUUAAGUAGAAUUCAUUUUUAUACAUGAUACGGGUGGCCUCGUAAUUUAUUUUAAGGUUAGUAGAUUUUAUUGUCAUAAUUUUGUAUUGUAGUUUGUUUUUUCCUAAAACGAAACCGUGAUAAUAGUAUAUUAAGUGUUCGCAUGCGUGUGUGAGUGAGGCGGCAUUCGUGAGGCACUCCCUUCCUCGAGGCAAAGGAAAUAUUGUAAUAAAACAUUUGUGAUGUAUUGUCGUUAAACAGUAGGUUUAUUUCGGGGUAGUUUAUAGCUCGGUCGAAUUAGCAUUCGUCUUCGGAAUUUGAGUAAAGGCUGAAAGUUUGGUUAAUAAUUUGUGUUAGGUGAUACCUUGUCUCUGUUUUUAGUACUAAAUAUUUCUGGGCGCUAGAACAUUUCGAAAGUAAACUGGACAACCUAUGUGAGUCUUAACUGGAUGUAAAAUUAAACUAAAAAAAACUAAUAAAUGAAAUUUAGAUUUCUGUUUUCGUCGGACAAUAGUAAAACAGACGAAUAACUCAAAUUUGCUAAUGAGUCUGAGCUAUUAAAUAAUCAUUAUAUUUUGUUAAAGUUUAAUUACGCAUUAUACACGUAUUUAUGUAAAGUAUUUAUAGAAUAUGCCUCCAUUCUCUCUUUAUUUAAAAUAUAUAUUUUUUGUAGUUUACAAAACAAGAAUUUUAACUAAAAAGCUAAUAGAAAAAAUAAAACAUUUUUUUUAUUGUUUAGAAGCAGUUUUUGGCGCUGAACAAUGUAGAGAUGGAGUGACAUAGCGUCUAUUCGAAUGGUUCUUUAAAACUUUCCGAGGAAAGAGUGCACAUGUUGACAAUUCAAAGUCGCACUUUAUUUUAUCUCUCUACUUUGUGCAACGCUAACAUUGCUAAAUUUAUUUCAAAAGUUGGAAGUUUUCUUUAUUUAUACUAUUCACCUAUUCAGAUUUUUUGUCUUUGACUGUCUUAAUUUAAAUUUAUAGUUAUUAAAAGGUAACAUUUAUUUCUUUUGUCGAAUGAAACAAAUAAUUUAUUAUAAAUUAUGUAUUAUUUUAUAAACUCCAGUUCUAUUUACAAAUCACUUAUCCUCUUAAAUAUCAAAUUGGUAAUUAAAAUAUAGGUAGUGUACGAUUUGGUAUGAAGUUGUUGUAUCAUUGUAACGUUGUAUCUGUUGCGCAAAUUUUAUUAUACUUAAGAUUUGAUUCAUGAAUUAUUUCUAAAAAGUGGGUACAGAAUGUAACAGGAUAUAUUUCAGAAUACAACUCUACCUCUUUUUGGCCUAAUUUGAGGCACGGAUUUCAAAUUAAAUUUUACCUUUUUAAAUGAUAUUUAGAAAAUUUUAUAUUGCAAUAUCUGUACUCACUACAUCUGUAAAUUUUCCAAAAUUUGGAAUACUAAUGUUACAAUUUACGAUAAUCGUUCAUGUAACUGUAUAAGUUGGUUGUAAAACAAUGACCUCACAAUAGACAUUCUUUUACCAUACAUUUCGUUAAUAAAGCACUCAUUGUUCGA